GUGGGGGCCAAGCUAGGAAUGCUGGCACCAACUCUGAUCCAGAUGGAGCAAGAAAUUGAUGCUGAAUUGGCUGGGGAAGAACCAAAACCUCACGUUCAGAUCAUCACCUGUGACAUGAGAUCUCUAGAUGAGAGAGUACGAGAUUUGAUUGGUCGAUGCACUUGCCCAGUUCAGUUUCCCAUGAUCAAAGUUGGCGAAGGUAAAUACAAGAUUGGGGAUUCCCGCAGCCUCAUCUUUGUGAGGAUUCUUCGCAGUCACGUGAUGGUGAGAGUUGGAGGUGGCUGGGACACUUUAGAAAAUUACCUCAACAAACAUGACCCAUGCCAGUGUAACUAUCGAG